AGUGGCUUCAAGCGGUAAACUCUUCUUUUACAUAUAUAAUCAGAUCAAAUAGCUGGAUUUUGCUGUGUCUGAAAAACCCUUUAUCAGAAAGAUGGCUGAGGUGCUUUCAGUAGGAGGAGGAAGUGGCAAGAAGGUGAUGCUGGCGAUUGAUGAAAGUGAUUACAGUUACUAUGCACUCAUGUGGGUUCUAGAAAAUCUCAAGGAUUCAAUCAACAAGGGUCAGUUUAUCAUCUUCAUGGCUCAGCAACCAACUAAUUAUAAUUACACCUUCGCGGCUUCUCUUGGCACUGCUCGCAUGUAUUGUCCUACUGCAGCCAAUUCGGAUUUUGUGAACUCUGCUCAAGAGAAUCAUCGGAAGCUGGCGUUGGCUUACUUGGAGAAAGCUAGGGAAAUUUGUGCUAGCAAAGGGGUAACAGCAGAGUUGGUGACAGAGGUUGGGGAUCCAAAAGCUGCAAUAUGUACUGCAGUUCAAAAACUGAACAUCAAUAUGCUUAUUCUGGGCGAGCGUGGCCUGGGCAAAGUCAAAAGGGCUUUGAUAGGGAGUGUGAGCAAUUACUGCAUUCAAUAUGCAAAGUGCCCAGUUCUGGUUGUGAAGAAACCACAAGCUACAACACCAAAUUAGAAGUAUGACAUGUAAAUCGUCUGCAUUAUGUAAAUGUAGAGUUUGACAUGUGACUCAUCUCCAAGUUUGGAUUUCAGACUUUGUGUUGUGUAAAAUGCAGUGAAUGCUGAAGAAUGAAAGCAACUUGUUGUGAAA